AUGAACUUUCCUGGCACAGGCAGCGGGCUGGGUGGUGGUUUGGGGAGUGGCAUCCCGGGUAUCCCGUCUGCCGGAGCGGCGGGCGCGCGGCCGGGAGUACAAGGUUUUGAUCCCAAUGAUCCCAAUGUGAAGAUGCUCCAAAGAGCUAUGGAGUCCUGCUAUGCUAAGACAGUCAUGAGCGGAGUUGCUGGCUUUGCGCUGGGUGGUGUGUUCGGCAUGUUCAUGGCUUCGAUGGCUUACGAUACGCCUUUCCACACCCCUGGUGCUGGCGGUGUUCCUGGCGUUCCUGGUUCCACCAACCCAACUUCUCUUUCCUCUCUCCCCCUCCGUAAACAACUCGCCAUUGGCUUCAAGGACAUGGGCCAACGUUCUUGGAGCACGGCCAAAAACUUCGGGGCAGUCGGUGCUCUCUUUAGCGGCAUCGAGUGCGGCAUCGAAGGUCUGCGAGCUAAGAACGACCUUGGUAACGGCGUUGCUGCGGGCUGCCUGACCGGUGCCAUUCUGGCACGCAAUGCCGGGCCUCAGGCCGCGGCUGUUGGAUGCGCAGGCUUCGCGGCGUUCAGUGCGGCGAUUGAUGCCUGGAUGAGAAUGCCAAAGGAUGAGGACUGA